AGAAAUAAUUUGAUUUUAUAGUUUUCAUUCAUACUUUAAGCCGCUUCGAGCGGCCACUAAUUUUAAAAAUGAGUUUUAACGUCUUCAAAAGUAAGAAGCAGAGCAAAGAGGCUCGAAAAAGAAUGGAACAUUUGAUGUACGUAGCGAAGGAGAGCCCGGAGAAAAGCUACGACGUAUCGUCUUGUGAGUUAUUGAACGUUCCGUCCGGAGUCUUUACAAUGUGUCGCGUUCUGCAAAAGGAAUCUUUAUUGCUUCACACAAAUUGGCUCAAAAAUUUGAAAACUGGUGGAAAAUUGAAUUUGAUGACACUUCGGAUUUUGGAUCUCCAUGGCAACAAACUCAUGGCAUUGCCAGAUGAAAUUUGUUACUCUGAAGAAUUUACAGCCAAACUUAACAUAAUGCCACCUAAAACCAAGACCAAAAUUAUGUUCAAUAAUGAGGUUCUGAACAUUGAAAACAAUGAAAUCCAGACAUUACCGAAUAAACUUGGGGAUCUUUGGUGGCCUUCAGACAUUACAUGCGAGGAGGUUAAGAGAGACAACAAACUAACUGGUCUACCAAGUUCAAUAGAGCGAGCUAAGAGUCUUCGAACUAUCGAUAUCAGCGGAACUAACAAAAUUGCGGCAUUGAGUACGUUCCACCGUCCCACAAUCUCCUCCCAGUCCUCGGGAAUCAAGAAUCAACCCACAGUGACUGAUGGAGCCGCUACGGUCACAGAGAAAUUCAAUCAUGGUAAUACGAAAGAUGAAAGUGAGUUGAAACAGGAAGAAUUUGACAAAUCAGUCCUGAAACAGCAGGAACAACAAGAAUUGGAAAGAAAAAGAAUGAUUAGAAUGAUGGUGGAAGCUGAGAAAAGUGCUUCGAGCCUUGUUGAGGAUCUUCUGAAGAUUAAUGAAAAGGCUCGGAAGCAAGAAGCAUUGCUUGAAGAAAUGGAAAAGCAACGAAUGAGAGAGGAAGAAUAUUUUAAAGUUACGAAAGAAGAUUUGGAUAAUUUACGAAAGAAGGAAAUGCUGGGUGCAAUGCAAGCUAUGGUUGCAGAAAACGAUCAGUUUGCGAUAAAAGUGAAGCAAUAUCUAGCAGAACAGACCCAUGCCGCAAAACGAGCCCAAGGUUCCGUUCGUAGCGACGGGAAACAAGUCGAACCGCCGUUGCUAAAGCAACAAGAAUGUCAGGACAAAUUAAUAGGACAGAUCUUGCAUGAGGAAGACGUGCAACGCCAAGCGUUCAUAGUAUUACAAUUGGAGAAAGAUAUUGCACGAAGAAGAAUCAUCUCACAAAUACAAGAAGUCCAAAACGCUUUGCUGAAUCUGACUUUGGUUGAAAUGAAGAGGAACACGUACAAGUUGGAUAAUGAACAAGAAGUUCUACGAUCGAAAAGACAGGAAUUGACUGAUAUAUUGAUGGUUUUACUGAAAGAAAAGGAUAAACGAGAAGAAAUCAUGAAAGAAAGAUUGAUUGAAAUGGAAGGUCAGAGAGAGAGCGAUCAGAUGGAUUUCUGGCUCGUGCAGUAUCAGAGAUUGAUGGAUUCUAAACCUGAGAAACUGAUUGCUAAGGAGACUGAAAUGGACGUUGCGUUACUGAAACUUCUCUCGAAAGCUGGGGCAAACGAUCAUGUGACCUCGUUCGCUAGAAAUAAAGUUUGUUCGAUUCGAGAUCUGAUCGAUCUUUCUGAAGAUGAUCUACGAAGAGUUGGGGUCUUCGAAGUUGGCGUUAGAAAGAAUAUAUUGCGUCUGGUUGAAGAAGAAAUAGCAGCGUCUAAGAAACUAGAUGAUUAUGAGAUUCCUUCUGUAUCCAAGCAACCUGUGACCCCGCCCAUUGCCACACCCGCUGCCACACCUACUGACACACCCUUUGAUGACUUGACUGAGGAGAAUGAAUGUACUGUAUGUAUGGAGAAACAGAGUAACACUAUAUUCCUACCUUGUGGUCACGUCUGCACUUGUUCCGAUUGCUCAUCCAAACUGCAGAAAUGCCCGAUGUGUAGAGCUGACAUCCAACAGAAGAUACAAGUAUUCAGAAGCUGAGAUUGCGCAAUAUUUUGCAAAAUUGCGCAACAUUCCACGAAAUUGCGCAAUAUUUCACAAUAUGUUUGAUGACAAAAGAGAUUAUGCAAUAUUUGAUAACAUUGCGCAACAUGCAUGGAUUAUUGCGCGAUAACUUCAUGAUGCCAUUGUGCAACAUUUAGACAGUAUUAUGUAACCUUAUGAAUUAGUAAUUUUUUGUGGUCAUUUUUGCAUCAUUUGUCAAAGGUUGAAAUGUCAUGCCUGCCACCUCACUCAUGUUAUAAUAAUAUAGGUCAGGGGGUGUG